AUGGCUUUGUUCAUGGAUGCAGAUUUUUCAAUAGUCAAGCAGGACCAGCCGGCAGAAGUGGUUGAUUUGAAAGCAAUAUUUGGGGAACAGGAGCGCUGCUCUGAGCCGGAUCGUGGCACCUGUUUGACCGAGGGUCCGAGAAAAAGGAAGCGGACCAUCUUCAGUCGAGCUCAGCUCUCGGAGCUAGAGCAAGCCUUUGCUGUGACUCCUUACCCCGACAUUACCCUCAGAGAGAGACUGGCUGCACACACACACCUGCCCGAGAGCAAGAUACAGGUGUGGUUUCAAAACCGAAGAGCUAGAAGUAUCAAGACUGGGAGACAUCCCAAAUCCACAAAACAUUUUCUGGGAGGUAGGGGGCUCACAGAAGCCACCUCUGGGCUGGUGACCUCAGCUUUCCCUGCCCCGACGACCCUGGCAGACAUAUUCCGAUCAGAGCAAAACCAGCUCUGUGAUGACAUCCCUCAAUUUUACUCCGACUGGAUCCAACUUUACAGCAACCAGUCAAUACCAUCGACAUCAUCACUCCACCAGCAACCCGCCCUCAUUUCUCCGAAGUGUUCAGAGUCUCGUCACUGGGAGGAGGAACGACAGCAGCGGCAGCCAGUGGGAACGUUCUUACCUGGUUCCUUUUCCCAUCCCAUCUCCAGGCAAACUCACCAUGCUCCUUCUAACCACUCCUACCAGACCCUCAGGAAUUUAAAAGGCCAGAGUCUGGCUCAGUCCGCACCUCAUCAGGCAAUAGGCAGCCACGUUUCUGUCGACCAAAUUGUUCCUUCUCACUCUCAAUCGGCGUACUGGGAGGUAACGCAGGGCCAAGGACAUCACCACCAUCAUCACGCCCAAAUGGGUCCACAGACCUCUAUGGGCUACAUAUCAGACCUGAUCUACAAUGCUGCUAUUGUGACCAAUUUCCUGGAGUUCUGA